AAAAAAAAUCUAAAAAAAAAUAAAAAAUGUUAAGUAAAAUAAUCAGAAGAGGUGGAGCUUAGUUGUAAGGCGACCACAACUACUAUGGAUUAGAAAAAUAUGGUAUUACACACAAGAAUAUCCUUUAUAACUUAAGUGUUGGUGAAUUAUACGAAAUUGGAACUAAGAAAAUUCCACCAUGUGAUCCUUGGACUGCUAACAAUUCUAUAAGUUCAACUGGUGCAUUGUGUGCUUAUUCUGGAUAAAGAACAGGGCGUACUCCUCAAGAAAAGAGAAUCGUUUUGGAUGAAACAACGAAAGACACUAUAUGGUGGGGUCCAGUAAAUAUUCCCAUUAAUCCCGAAAGUCAUGCUUUCUGUAAAGAUAUGGCUAUUAAAUAUCUUAACACAAGAUAAAGAUUAUAUAUAGUUGAUGGCUAUGCUGGAUGGGACCCAAAAUACAGACUUAAAGUAAGAAUUGUAUGCAGUAGAUCUUAUCAUGCUUUAUUUAUGAAAAAUAUGUUAAUUAGACCAACUAAUGAAGAGUUAAUGAGAGACUUUAAAGACGAUAAAAAUAUUGAUUUCCAUGUUUUCAAUGCUGGUGAAUUCAAAUCUCCUCUCCCUAUUAAAGAUGUUACUUCUGAAACAACUGUUUAAGUUAACUUUAAGGAAAACUAAAUGAUUAUUUUAGGUACUUAAUAUGCUGGAGAAAUGAAAAAAGGUAUCUUCGGAGUUAUGCAUUACAAAAUGCCUUAAAAAGGAGUUUUGUCUUUACAUUCUUCUGCUACUGAAGGUAAAAAUGGAGAUAUUACUUUAUUCUUUGGUCUUUCUGGAACUGGAAAAACUACACUUUCGGCUGAUCCUUAAAGAUAACUUCUUGGUGAUGAUGAACAUUGCUGGAGUGAUAAUGGAGUCUUCAAUAUUGAAGGCGGUUGUUAUGCCAAAUGUAUUGGAUUAACAAGAGAAAAAGAACCUGAAAUUUAUGAUGCUAUUAAAUUUGGUGCUGUUUUAGAAAAUAUCAAUUUUAAAGAUUCUAAAAAUAGAAUCGUUGACUACGAUAAUGUUGAUAUUACUGAAAAUACAAGAGCUUGUUAUCCUUUAGAACAUAUUCCUAAUGCUAAAUUCCCUUCAGUAGGAGGUCACCCAAAAAAUAUUAUUUUUUUAACUUGUGAUGCUUAUGGCGUAUUACCCCCAGUUUCUAAAUUAAAUUCUAGCUAGGCUAUGUAUCAUUUCAUUUCUGGUUACACUGCUAAAGUUGCAGGAACUGAAGUAGGAGUCGUUGAACCUUAAGCAACCUUUUCUUCAUGCUUCGGUGAAGCUUUCUUACCUUUACAUCCUACACUUUAUGCUGAUAUGCUUGCAUAAAAAAUGAAAUAACACGGAUCUAACUGCUGGCUUGUUAACACUGGUUGGAGUGGUGGUAAAUAUGGAGAAGGAAAAAGAAUGAGCUUGAAAGUAACAAGAAAAAUUAUUGAUGCAAUCCAUAGUGGAGAAUUAGAUAAAGUAUAAUAUACUAAUUUACCUAUUUUUAACUUGUAAGUUCCUACUUAAUGCCCUGGAGUAGACUCUAGUAUUUUAACUCCAAAAAAUACAUGGUCUAAUAAAUCUGCUUAUGACUCUGAACUUAAAAAACUUGGUAAUAUGUUCUAGAAGAACUUUAAAAAAUAUUAAGAUAAAGCUUCUAGGGAAGUUAUUGAUGCAGGUCCUUAAAUUUGAAAAAAAAAAAUUAUAGAUUUUUAUAUGAAAAAAUAUCAAUUUAUAAUUAUUUUGAUAUUAACAAAACAGUUUUUUUAUAUGUUUUUAUUUAUUUAUUUAAUGAAUUAAUGAAUUUUUAUUAAUUUUUAUUUAAACAAUUUAAAAAAUAUU